AUGGCUGUUCCCUCAGGCCCCAACUCGGUUAUCUCCAACCAGAAACUUUCUUCCGACUCGAUCAAUAUCUGCAAAAUGUUCACAACACCCAUCGUCAAAAAGUACAGAAUCUUUGUCCCUGGGGCAGAGAACUUAUUUUCAACCACAUUCGCGCCUUCUGGGCUCGGGGAAAAUGAGGUUCUGAACAGUUUAUCCGAAGAUGAGACUACUGUAGGCCUUGGUUUACCUCCCGUUCCUCAAAGGUCCGCUCAAGACCCUAGUACCAAGAAACGCAAAGCCGAACGCUUCGCCGCCAAUGAUGACUCAAUAAACGAGCUCGGGAGGUCUCACCAACAUAAGAAGAUCAAGGAGAGUGAAAAGACUGAUAAGGACAAAGCCGCACGACGUUACCACACUCUCGCAGUCGCUGCGUCAGUGAAACCGUCCAUCGAUACUGACAAGAUCUUCGAAAGCAUGAGGAAGCAGAGGCACAUUCCUGUACCGAAGUUUGUUCCAACCGGCCACGAGCGCCGCCGCGAAGUAAAUCUCUUAGCCCGGAAGCAUGUUCAACAUGUCGCUCCUGCCAUGUCCGCCAAUAUUGAGACGAACCGCGACGUUCAUGGCGGUAUGAAUAAGUUCGACUGGGCUGAGGGCAGGCGCGAGAUCCCGAAAAAUCUGAUCAAGACCCCUGACCACAAAUUCGAGAAGCGCUUUGACGAUGAUGACGCAAACAUUAGCUGGCUCACUAUUCCCUUCUCAAUCAAAACGAUCAACAUCGGUGGAACUUUGAUCUCGGUCGCUGAUAUUGUAGAUAAGCCUUUCCUACAUCCGGAGUUUACUCUCAUAGAAGCGAUCAUGGGUACACAUGCGAAGACAGGAAAAGAGGUGGUCAAGGCAUACAAGCUCAAAUACGAGAAGAUGGAGUGUGAUCAGGCUGUCGCGCGAGCGCACACCAUGCUAAAGCAACAGAAGGACGCGGAGAAGCAAGCUAGAAGGGACGAGGCUGCACGGAAACGAGCCACUAAGCGGGUCGGUCUCUCAAAGGCAGCUAUGGACAGUCACGCCGCUGCUAAAGAUCGGAAGAAGAAGCAGGCUCAGGCUCGAGCUGAGAAGGAAGGUGGGUUCUUCUAG